AUGAAUAACAAUACCUUUGAUCAAAGCUCAGCAUCUAUUGCUUCUGGCUAAUUUUGCGCUAAUGGCAAUAAUCAUAUCAUUCUUAAGAAUGUCAUCAUAAAUUUUCACCAGUAUUUACUUGAAUUUCUUUAGUAGCAAAAAGACCUAAGUGCAGCCUUCCCCAGCAUGUGUAACUUGACAUAAGAUAGCUUCUAAAAACUUGCAAAUAUGAUUGAAUAAACCAAUUACAUUUUAUAUAGCUAAAAGAGAUAUGAGUCCCUCUCUGCUUCCCAACGUGCAUAAUUAUUCAACAAAUAAAAAGAAUGGGUUUAAAGAGCCGAAUACCUUAAAAAAAUACAAUUAAACUAACACCUUAACAAAAAUUAAAAUUCUUCAAAAAUUACUGACUCACCUGUUGAUAAUAAGCUAUAUAAUGAUUUUAUAAACUAAAAAAAAAUGGAACAACUUAAAAAUCAAAAGGAGAAUUUGAUCAGAAAGCUCUUUUUGAAGAAAAAGUAAGAAGAAAUUCAUAAGUAGAGAGCUGUUGAUUCUCAAAAAACUAGAAAAAUUCUUCCUGAAGUACCUGAUUUUGAAGAAGAGAUAGAAGAACCGGAAGUAUAAGAAAUAGAUAUGCAAUUUGAAAACUUCAACUACGUACCCAUGAACGAAAAGCAGUACGAAGAUAACUCUUCUUCAUCUUUUUUCGACUCAUCUUCAACUGGCUUAACAGAGUCUCCUGUCCGCAGCAUCAAUUUUUCCACAGCUUCGUACAGACCCAUUUCAAGUGAUAUUAGUGACUCUAAAAUCGAAAUUGUCUAUAAUUAAAUCAAUUAAAAAAGCGAAAAUACUUAAUUCACACCAAUUGCAAAUCAAAUCAACAAGAAAAAAUAGUAAUAGUAACAAAAAUCAAAACCAAGAUAAUCAAAAUAAAAUGAAAAUAAUAACUCUAAUUCUCAAAUUUCAAAUAAAUUUUUGUAAAAGAAAUAUCAAAAGCUUGAAGAAUGUAUCAUCAGCUUGAUAGAAAAGCUUUAGCUUACCGCUGAAGCUUCUCAAUAAAUAUUUAAAAUGGCUUAGGAAAUCAUCGUUGCUAUUUUGAAUGAUAAGGAUUUUUUCAAGAAUAAAAGUUUUGAAAUAAUUUCUGAAGCUAUUGUCCUUUAUGCAAGCAAAUUGGCUAACUUCCCUAUUACAAUCAAGGCCUUAACAGAAAUCGUCUCUGAUAAAGAAAGAUGCAUCAACAAGGUCUAUAAUCAUUUAGUAGGUGUUCUUCCUUAAUACAAAUCUAUUUAAAUAGCAGAGCCCGAGCUUCUUAUUAAAGAAAUCGUUUCAGUUGUCAAUGCUCCCGAAGAAAUAUUAUACGCCAGCUAGUAUCUCUAUUAGAAUAUCUAUGUAAAUGGACUCCUUAAGGGUGAACAUUCUAGUAUAGUUUCAUCUUCCGUUGUCCUUGUAUCUUGCUUACUAAACGGAAUCAACAUCCCUUUAAACGAUUAUGCAAAUGCACUAAAUGUUUAAUCUAAUUAAUUGCAAAACUACUCUAAUUUCAUCAUCUCCAACUCAAAAAUUUUAAUUAACAACCCUGCUCUUUUCAAGCAAUCCAGCUUCAUCUUAUAAUAAAAUUGA